UGGAAGUUUUCAGCCCUUUUCUGUCUUCCUUCUGAAGAAACUGGUAUUGCUUGCUGGGAGAGGUAGGAUAUAGGACUUGAGAAACCAGUCCUUUGACGCAGUUUGGCAAACUUCCUGAUUCUAGAAAAGCCUAAGCAUUAGACCCUGAAAUUGUUUCAAACAUGGGACACUGUACGGACUAUCCAGCUUUUUGGAGCAUUUUCCUUUAAUGGUGUGACAUAUUUACAUAAUAUGAACAUUUUUGAAAGAGAACAAGGCUACAUUACGGCAAGUGAUAAAGGCAUGAAAGCAACUGAAGCACCCUUCUCACCUGGUGCAGACAGUAACAGUUUUCCAGGCACUGAAGGCAGAAUCUUAUUGACCGUUGCUCUUCGAGGGAGUCUGGGAGCUCGUGGCUCUCAGCUCUGGUGGGAGUACUGGGUAGUUACGAGCUUCUGGUGAUUUGCACUGUCACUAAAGGCUCUAGGCUCCAAUAUGGCAGCUUAAAUCAAAAGCAUAUUUUUCUCCCUUUUAUGUCUGUCUUCAUGUCUGCGUCUCAGUAGUGAGGAUUUGCUCAGGCCCUGCAGAAUCGAGCUCUCUAAUCCAUUUCCCUCAUGUUAACUUUUGAUGCCAUGUCCUGACUGGGCUGCUGCCAGGAGUAGCCUUUUGGUAAUCCCAGCUGCAACCAUUAUUUGUGCCACCCCUUCUCCCUGGGGGCUAGUGGAAGGGAACAACAAGGCACGUAACUGCUGUGUGAAGAAACAGAUGCUGUUUUGCUCCUGUUCAGGUCCCUAGUGCCUGCUUUGGAUUCCAUUGUGUUUAAAUACAAAUACAAUAGUUAAUAACUUUGUUCCAUGCAUUGUCCUCUUGAAGUGACUACAUGAAGGGAUUGGCUGGGUGGGGAGGUAAUUCCAUCUUUUGCUGAGCUGAUUGGUGCAGUUUGUUCUGCCUUCUAAGUGCUGGGUAACUCCCCAGCAGCAGCAACCUCUCACUUAGAGGUAGUAACAGUUUAAACCUUGGUAUGCUGUCACUUCCCUCAGCCCAGCCUCAGUUCCCUUGGCGCUGGUGGUAGCACCUAAGGUGUGCUCUUCCAGCAUAGCUCAUAGUUUGACUUCAGCUUGUAGAAGGUGGUGUAGCCUCUCCUGCAUGCAAUAACACUUUUGCUAAAUAACGGUUAAAGCUCUGCCUGGCCUUCUAGUUAAUGCAACUGUUGCUCCUGCCAGUACUAGCUAAGCACAGACAAGCUCUACCACUUACACUACAGCAGCGGCCAACCUACCUAGGUCACCUAUCCUGCCCUCCUCUCUGAGGAUCCCCUGCUUGCUAGAACGUGGCUCCCAGGAAUAGUUUGACUCCAUGUGUUGAGUUUUUGUAUGUAGGGUGCUGCAAGGUCAUGCCUUCCCAUGAGGGUUCAGACAGGCAAGCCCUAGCCCCAGCUCUUCUGUGUGGACAGGAGAAUGCUUCCCCAGCCUAACCUGGAGGGAGCAAGGUAUCCUUAUAACUUGACUUCAGAUGUAAGAACUGUGACUGUCAUUUUAAUUACGUGGUGACUGGAAGUUCAAGGGAAACGGUGCCUCUUCACACUUUGUCUCGCCCUCUGCACAAGUUGGCUGCUAUGGGUGAGAUUUCUCAAGGUGCUCAGCACCAACUAGUUCUAAGUGGCUAAUCCAGUAGCACUUUUAGGUGAACAACAGACUCGAGGGGUGUGCAGGGGAGAAUGUUCUCAGCUGAGGUGUGUUGAUGAUGACACUGUUCUUUUUCUCUCCCUCCCUACCCCCAACCCACUCCCAAUGAAGACACACAGAGCACUAUGUCACUGGCAUCCUGGUUCAGGUGGAAUGAGCCCCCAAACCGCAUUUCCCAGAGGAACCCCACAGAAAUGGUGGUUGAGACGCUAAUGAUGGAGCUGAGCUGGCAGAUCAAGCAGGCAGAGAAGCAGCAGCGAGAGCGGGAGAAUGAGUAUCGCAAGAUCAAGACUGGGGUGGACUACGGCUGGCUGGUCAGCUAUCCAAAGCAGAGCUAUGAUAUCAGCCCAGGAGAACGGCUGCAGCUGGAGGAUAUGUGUACCAAAAUACAUCCUUCCUACUGUGGGCCUGUCAUACUCAGAUUCCGGCAACUCAUUGCUGAAUAUGAACCAGAAGUGCAGGAAGUAUCCCGGCUUUUCCGCUCUGUCCUGCAGGAAGCUGCCGAGAAGAUCAAAGAGGAGGAAGAGGCCAAGAAGCUUGCCAGGCAGUGGAACACAAAGAACAAAACCAGCCUCUCCUUAACAACGUUUAAAUCCCGGUCCAGGAUUUCCCCAUUCAUCAGUGACAUCAAGACCAUCUCUGAGGAUGUGGAACGGGGCACCCAGCCCACCAGGAGGGUCUGGAGCAUGCCAGAAUUUCGGAAUAUCAAGGAUUACUGACUCUAUACUGAACAAGGUUUUUAGACAGUGAUCUUUCAAAAUCCCAGUUAACCCUUUUUUAGCUCUACUGUUUCUUCUUUGUUCCAGCUCGCUCUUCCUGCCUGUCUCUCUCUUGGAAGCUGUGUCCAUAGUAACUGCUGCUGAUGCCUGUGGCGUGUGACACAAUUUAUUACCAAACAUGCUAGCCUUUCCUUUAAUUUAGUAGCUAUUCAGUAACCUUAAGGGCAAGGCUCACUUACUGUCUCAUUUUUAUUACUGCUUUCUUGUGGAAAAUGAAUUAGUUUUGUGAUGUCUGUCUUCUCCCUUCUCCCCCCCAGCCUGGAUGUAGUUAUCUAUAAAAGCUUUUGGCCCAAGCUAGCAAAAGCUGCUGGCUGGACCAACCUUGCUGAAAGCAAGACAGCUACUUACAUGAGUAAGGCUUGCAGGAUCAGGCCUGUGAGUUAAAGCUAGUAUCUGAUUUGGAACUGACCUUCCUUUUCCAACUAAUAACCUUCCUCAGUGCUACAAGAAACUUCACAGGUAACCUCAGCACUGCUCUUGAUCAGCUUUUUGCUGACAAUUAGCAAUCCAACCUGAGUAGAAACAGACCCAAGCUUUUUGAGAUGAAAGACCAAUAUUAUUCCACAGCAACUAGUUUAUGCAUGCUCAGGUUUCUUGGGUAUUUUCUCUUUUGUGCAGGCAGAACCCCCUGAACCUUGCACCUGCAGAGUAGAUAGAAAUGUAACAACCUGCUGUGUAGAUAUACAGGCGGAUACAUCAGUGCUGUGUCAAAUGCUGUUCUUGGUCCUCAAUGCUCUGUGUUGCUGAGGUAAGUGCUCCACCCCACAUCCCAGUAAUAAGUCAGUGGGCUGAAAUGAAUGUUUAUGGCUAAGCCUGAAAGAGUACUGUAGUAUCAAUGUACAGAGAAGGGUGAAUGGAAUCAGCAUUCAUCUACAGGGCUCUUUGUACAGCUGCAAGAAUUGAGAUCAUUUGAACAAGCUGCUGCUGUGAGUGACAAAGGGCUCUGGUAGAUGAAAGUUUGUGCCCUCAGUCUUCUCUCAUGAGUGCUCACAAGAGAGCUUUCCAGUAUCCCAGGCUGCUGGCCAGUGAGUUGAUACUAUUACAAAAGAAUCUUUAAUGCAAACUGAGUAGCUUGUAGGCCAGCAUGGUUCUGCUGAGACCUUGAAGAAACAGGAAAAGGCUUCUGAGGAAAAGCUACUAGGGCCUUAACUCAGCAUCUGUAGGGAGAGUUCUCACAAGCAAAGGAAAGAGAAUGGCACGCUGUGAAAAUCAUGGGUUCUGUAGAGAAGCCAAGGGCUAGGAUGCUUUGUGGUGACCAACAGGAGAUGGUGACCCCACAGGAGAGGGAUUUCCCUGAAUGACUGGCUUUUGGGGAAUCAUCCCAGUGGGGUAUAGCCUCUUGGAGGACCCUGUAGCUUUGUUCUUUUGCCUGUUUCCGACUCUUUUCCCUGGGGACCUUUGCAGCAGCAUGUGGGUACUACAGCCAAGAUAAAACCCUUUGAAGCUGUGCCAACUCUGGGAAGAAUUCCAGCGCAUGAAAUCUAUCCUAGAGUAGAAAUGUGCAGUUUCUUCCAGAGAUGGGGGAGGGCAGCAUAAAACAAAGAUCAAGAUCAAACCCUUAAGAGCUCUCUAAGACUGUGGGAUUCUGGCUCUUCCUCCCUCCCCUGUGGGCUACCUAAGAUUGAACACAAGGCUUUCUUACUAGCACCAGGCUGUAGUUUCUAGUCUCCUGGUAAACUCUGCUGCCAGCAACCCUCCUAGGGACAGAAAGCAGAAGCUCACUUUUAAUCAAAAACUCAGGGCUUCCAAUUACAGCAUCCAGUUUGGAAUGGGUAUUUCAACUCCAGGUCAAUGAGGGAGAGUUUAAAGCCUUCUGACAAUCAGCUUCAUGUUUUUCAGCUGUAUGUCCUUGUGAAGUAACAUGAUUGUGUAUAUGAAGUAAAAACAAAGGCCUUAGCUGUCUAGAAGAGGGGGAUCUCUAGCGAGGGAUCACCAUGAUUUGCAGAAAAAUUCUUGUUUGGAAAAAAGUUAAUAAUCUUUUUUUUAUAUAUUUGCAAGCCACUGUAUGGUACUGAUGGUUGAGAUGAAUUCAUGAAUUUCAUGCUACAGUUCUGUAGUCAUUUUAUUUGCACUUGCGUUCUAUUUUGACACCUUCAGUAUUGACUGUAUUAAUGCAAUAUUUGAUGGACUGCUGGGAGUGAUGGGACAUUCUGACACGCUGACAUAAAGCUCUUUGUUACAGUA